GGAAGAUGGUAGAGCGGCGCUCGGUGCAGGGGUUCAAGCCCGUGCCGUGGCCUGCGUGGGAGCCGAGUUGUGGCAACACCAGGGGCGCCGGCUCCGCGACCUCCGAGCGCUCUACUGAGGUCUCGUGGGAGAAUGGAGGGAUCUCAUAAAGCUACUUCAGAUACUGGAUCCAUCUAUUUCUUUGAUCAGUUGAAACCUAAAACCAAAAAAUGGAAAAAAGAAAUCUAUGAGGACCAGUUUUCCCACUUAACUGAAAAUUAUGGUCAUAAGAAGAAAAAAUCAAAAGAACAAAAGCUUACCAGAGUGGGUACAGUAGCUUUAAUUAAGGAAAAGGAUAAGUCCCAUUCUCUUGGUUUCUCAGAAUCUCCUAGAGUGCUCAGCCUUUCUCCAAGUCCUAAACUCUCCAAAAUGUACUUGCAAAAGAACCUACUUGAAGAAUACAAACUAACGGCUCCUGAAAUACUAUAUGAACUUGGGAAAACAUUGCAGAAAUAUGCUGAGUACCAAAUGACUUUUCCUGUGGGGAUUGAGAAUCUCAUGAAUUAUAGUUGGCAAGAUUUUACAGAAGAUACUACACCUACAACACCAGAGCAAGACAAAGCUUUACACGGAGAUUCCAGUUCCAGUACCAUCAUUGACUCGAACAAUUUCAAAAUCAGCAACAAUCCAAAAGAAGAACUUCAUAAAGAAAAUCAUCUGGUUAAAGCCAAAAAAGGUCUCCAUGUUGUACCAAGUAAACCUUUGGGAAAAAUGUCUUUUGUCAGGAAUAGUCAGUCUUCCCAGAUGUGCCAGGAAAGCAAUUUCUCCGCUGUCAUCCACUUCUCACUGUCAUCCAAGAUCUGUUUAGAAAAUGGUUGGAUCUUCAAUCAUCCUUAUUCAAAAUGGGAAAUUCUACAAUGGAAGACACUCCUCAGUACUGCUGUGAAGAGACUACAAGUAGCCAUAAUUCAAAUAAAAUCAGAAGAAGCUAAGCUUAAAAGAGAAGGAUUCAACAAACAACUGAUUUUGCGCCAUUAUAACGACCCAGAACAGGAGGAGAUCAGAAGUUCCCCUCAAACUUCUCAAAGCUUCUGGCUGGAGCUGCUAGAGAAGAAGCCUCAGAUGCCUACUGUCAGAGAGGCUGACCCAGAAAAGAAGAAAUUCCACUAUGCCCUGGUAGAUGGCUCCUCUCUGAUCUAAUAUCCUUGUCAAACUCCGUAGGUGAAGUUGAAGGUGGCAGAAUGUGGAGGAUAGGGCUGACAAACAGAGGUUUCUAUCCCACAGAAGGCAAAUCCCAGGAAGCAUCCUUGGGUGUUGUUUGGUCAUUUCCUCCUAAGUAUUCCCUCAUGCUA